AUGGCUGCCGAGUCGAACCAGAGGACUAGCGAGACUCAAUCGCUCUCUUCUCAGGGAGGUCUCCCGAAAGACACCCUUCCUGAUGACAAAGGCACCAAGGACGAACAUGUCUACAUCGCGGAUACCCUCCCUCUUCAUCGUCAGAUUCCGUUCAUCCUGACCAUCUGCUCGGCCAUGUACACGAAUCAGCUCGGGCUGGGCCAAACAAUGGACAUGGUCCGUGUCAUUGGAGACUGGUACGGAAUCACUAACAGCAACGAACUGUCGUGGCUGGUGGCCGGCUACAGCUUGACGAUUGGCACCUUCGUCCUGAUUGCCGGCCGGCUGGGCGACGACUUUGGACACAAGAGGCUGUUCAUUAUUGGCAUGGGCUGGUACGCGCUGUGGACGCUCGUCUGUGGUCUGGCCGUCUAUUCCACGCAGGUCCUCUUCAUCUUCGCCCGGGUCUUCCAGGGAAUGGGACCGGCCGUAACGCUACCCAACGCCAUCGCCAUCCUCGGCCAGUCGUAUGCCCCGGGCCCGCGCAAGAACAUGGCCUUUGCGUUCUUCGGCGGCAGUGCCCCCUUUGGCGCCAUCUCUGGCUUUGCAACGGGCGGCCUCUUUGCGCUGGCCUGGUGGCCGUGGGCGUACUGGAGCGCGGCCAUCGCACUUGCUUGUCUGGCCAUGUUCGCCGUCUGGUCCAUCYCGCCUCAGCCGAUGAGCAGUACGUCCAAAGCUCGGACAGUCCGCGAGAAGGUCGUGCACCUGGACCUCCCAGGAUGCAUUACCGGCGUGGCCUCUCUGGUCCUGAUCAAUUUCGCGUGGAAUCAAGCCGCCGGCGUCGGCUGGCAAGAACCAUACGUCUACGUGUGCCUCAUCCUCGGGUUCCUGUUCGCGGCCGUCUUCUUUUGGGUGGAACUGCACUGGUCCAAGGAUCCCAUCCUGCCUCUUGGAGCCUUCAACUCGGACAUUGCCUUCGUGCUAGGCUGCACCGCCUGCGGCUGGGCGACCUUCGGCAUCUGGGUAUACUACGCCGCCGUCUUCGUCAUGGAGCUGAACAACGUCAGCCCUUUGCUGCUCGCGGCGUGGUACAGCCCGGUGAUACCAUCGGGACUCGCCUCGGCGCUGGCGGUGGGGAAGCUGCUUGGCCGCGUCUCAGCCGCAUGGGUCAUGGUCAUCGGCAUGGUCGCGUACCUGAUCGGGUCGAUUCUCAUCGCCACGAUGCCGGCGCACCAGAUCUACUGGGGUAAUUUCUUCUGGAGUGUGCUCAUCAUCUGUGUCGGUAUGGACUCGUCCUUCCCCGCUGCGACGAUCAUCUUCUCCGAUGCUGUGCCGCCUAAGUAUCAGGGGAUUGGCGCCAGUGUGGUCAUGACCGUUGUGAAUUAUAGUAUUUCGCUGGGGCUGGGCUUUGCGGGUACGGUGGAGCGAGAGGUCAAUCGCGGAGGAACCACUUAUGAUGAUAAAAAGAGGGGAUAUCGGGGGGCAUUCUACUUCGAGCUUGGGUUGGCCGGAUUGGGCCUGGUGAUGAGUCUGGUCUUUUUGGUCAAGGAUCACUUCCGCAAGAAGGCCAAGGAGGGUGUUCACGCACUUUGA